GUAGAAGAUUCACAGACGUUGGCAAACUUCGUUUCAAGAUCGUUGCGUACAGUUGCAGUCGGAUGAAUCAUGCGUUGCACGUGUCUUCGCAUGUGGUUUUGAUAUUGUACUAAUCGUUUCAAACGAAUCCUUCGAUCUCUUGAUAUUCACGAUGUCGUUGUUAAGUAAAUAGUAUUAACACUAAACGUACCAUAGACCGGUCAAAUGACCGAUUGCAAACUUUUGAUUAUCGCUUUUUCACAUUUCACUUGAUGACUUUUUCUAUUAAAUACACUCCGCGAAACAAUUAAGGGAUCACCUCUACGAACCCGAAAAAUAGGACGAAAUUCAGAUGGUUAUAACUUUGAGAAAGAUCAUCUGAAGCUGUGAAACCUCAAAAUUAAAUAACUCAGCCAAAAAAAAUCGUACAGCAACCAAAAACUAUUGAUUUUACAUAGGAAGGUAGUCGCUUUCGACUGGUACAAAUGCAAAUUGCUAAAAAAAUUUUGUUAGUGCCAUGUUACAAAGUUGAAUAAAAUUUUUAAACAUUUUCGAAGUGCUACUUAUAUCACUGUAACAUUUAUAAAAUUCAAGAUAGCUAAAAUCUUAAAAGAGGAUCUGAAAAUAGAGAUUUCACAGCUUGAAAUGAUCUUUCCGCGAUAUCGAUUCGACCAUUUUUCUCAAAGUUAUAACCAUCUGAAUUUCGUCCUACUUUUCGGAUAUAAUUAAUUUUACAUCAUUUAUUUAUAUUUUUAUUUGUUAAAUCCAAUAAAGACUUGUAACCUAGCGUCAUUUACCAUUUGAUCGGUUGCGGUACAAAUAGGUGUAUAUUAAAUAUCGGUACGUUUAGUGUUAAGAAUACCGGCUCGCUGCCGUAUCUAAGGGGUUGUCUGACUCACGGGGGUGUACCAGCCAACAAACCACCCCCGACGAUCGAUCGAUAUUCCCCUCGAGGGCAAAACAGUCGGUUGUUGGCGCUGUUAGUCGACGGUUCGCGCACGUCGAUGGGGCAGCAACUGUCCAAUUUCGCACGGGGUUUUUUCCCAGUUUUAAAGCCGAAGAGUGGUGUCGAACGACGGAAAAUCAUGGCGAACGAGACGUCGAAAAUGGUACGGUACAAAGUGCUCCAUAUCCGUUUCCUAUUAUCGAGUGAUGUAACAAUAUUGUUGAUGGGAAUCGAUCGUCUGUUGGUUGCCGUGCUUUCUUUUAUCAGUGGAGUGAAAUGUAUGAUUUCAAAUUGGGCUGCGAUUUUUCUUACCGUUAUAGCGAAAAAAAUUCAAUUCACUUUCUUAACUUUCAUCGAAACUCCCAGAAGCAAUGAUGGUAAAAUUCUCGAGUGAAGAAUUUUCUAAUACCGAGUAAUUGAAAGAUUCCAAGGGUAACUCUUCUCGCCGACGAGAGGAGGAUAAUCGCACGCGUGAACUUCUCCUCUUCGGCAAAUGGAUCGAGCGAGUGGAACGUGUAAUUAGUAAUUAGAGGGCGUGCUCAGGAUCGCUAAAUUACAGAGGAACCGAACGAAAGUCCGCUACGAGGAUCGUGUUAAUUGAAAGAUUGCUCUACGCGCCAUGAUGUUUUAAUUUCAAUGCAGUUUAUGUUGCAGUUUAUGCAACACUUGGACUUGCUCGAGUAGCUGUGAUCACCGGUAUCGAUCGCUCUUUAUCAAUUAUUAAUUCGUUGGAAACGAGAACUGAUCGAUAUCAGUUCGUGCGAACUGUGUCAGAAGGUUGAAAAGAAAACUUUUUAAUUACUGGUAGAAUGAAAAAUUUCGAAAAUCAUAUUUAUUUUAUUUGUUUAACUUCUAAACGGGUGAAACCCUUUUUACACAGAAUAUGAAAUAAGUAGAAAAAAAAGAAAACUUAUUGAACAAAAAAUAUUGAAAACUUAGUUUUAUUUCUUCUUCGUAAUGGUAAAUAACAGGGAUUCAUUCAUUUAGCGAUGACUGUGAGAUCAGCCCCUAAAUUUCGGUUAGAUCUUCAAGAAACGUUUGCCAACUCGAUGAAAAUGUCAUCGAUAUCCGUCUGAAACCGAAAUAGUACUCGACCGCGAAAGAUGCUCGGGUAGAAUGCCAGCUACUUCCCAACAUUUUUAAGGACACGUUCAAGGCCUUCAGGGUAUUACGAGUAAUUUCACGAAACUGGAGAAAUCAGCGUUCCAGGGUGAAUUUCUCAGUAACUGUGCAACUUUCGAUUACAAUUUAAAGUAUUUAAACUCUGCAGUGAUUGGAGUCGUUUUAUAAUUAACGUAUUAUUUGUUCAAUUAAGAACGGGUUCUGUUUGAAAACGUUAAAGGUAUCGAUAACGUUAUCGCUUUUAUAGCUGAUAAAUUAUGAAACAAUUUUUUUUUUUUACGAGCUCUUCGUGGCAGUUCAGCAUUGUCGCAUUGAAAUAUAAUUUUUAUCAAGCUGAUUAAAGGAACAAUUGAUAGUGUAUCUUUUAUUUUUCGCGAUACGAAAGAGAAUAUUUCUGUUUAUUGCGCGUAAUGAAAGUGCCACAUGUUCUCGGGCUCAUUGUUUGGCCAUGCGAAUUAUUUAUACGCACAUCUGUCGAGAUGACAACGUUAAUGAGCUAUCUCGUUAACAAAAGACGUUGUAUGUUGUUAUUGGCACGCGAGAUUACUGGGUUAAAAAGUGACUGUUACCUUCUGUUACAAUGUCGAUGGAGUAAUACGUAAACACAGUGGAAAAUUAUCGUUUCUUCUUUCCUAGGAGACCGUAGGUAAGACAGGCUUAGAAAAUCGAAUUUUCAUCAAUCUUUAAGCAUAUAUGCAAAGCAACUUAAUUAAGGAAAUUGAUACGAAAUUACGUAACGAUGAGCGUGGAGCUAUUCGAAAGUCAGCAAGAAUCCGUGGAACGGUGCGAAUGAUGCGACCGCUAUUUCUAGUCGCGGAAAAUAGAAACACCGGUGAUGGAAACCCGGCGAAAAAUCCGCGUCACGCGGCCCUCCCUCCCGGUUGCAGCGUUAAUGUUAGGUGUCCGGAACAAAAUUAAACCUGUGCGCCACUUGUGGAUUGCCUUUCGAACGAGUUACUUAGUCGUCCCAUGUCUCUCAAGAUCGAUCGUUUAUCGCGUUCACUUGCCGCUGCUACAACGCUGUUUCCCUCCGUUGCUACGAAAUUCAUUUUCCUUAUCGUGGGCUUAUCUUAUCCGGCUCGAGUGUCGUACGAGCUGGAUCGUUAAAUCUCGAAGAUUUCUCAAUUAUUUUCUCGACGUUCGUCAUCGGACGACGACUGAAAACUGUUGUUUCGCGCAGCAGGCGGUGGUAUGCGUUUCCAGCAUGAGUGCACCGUGGCCAGUGCAUCGCAGCGUGAUGCAUCGAAAGGUGUUCGAACGACCGCGCGCGGAACAGAGAAGCUUGAAAGCUGGCGAUCUAUCGCACCAAGAGAGCAAUAACAUGGCAGCGUCCACGAUGAAGCUGCAGAGUGAUUCCUUCAGUUCGGAAAAGAAAGCCGUGGCGGCGCAACAGCAAAGACAAACGGUCACCUCGACCGGUAUCUUCAACCAGGAGAAACACAUGUUGAGUACCAGCUCGCAGUCGAGUAUCACGAUUGCUUCAAACGGAGUUGCCUCGAAGUCGUCGAUGAUCAGUGCGGCAAGUGCGGUGAAUCAGUUGAUGAACGGCAUGAGGCCAGCCGAGGAUGAACUUCUAUCUUUACCCCUGGACGAUCUGGAUCUUCUAUGUUCGAAAUCGAAUCCGCAGGACGUCGAUCGAGCCAUCACGAAAUACUCCAACUUCCUCGACAGUUUUGUCGAACGUUUGAAGGCGAACGAUGGGAAAAACGGGAAAGCUCCGUUGCUUUUGAAUCGAGUGAACGAGAUCAUCAGGAAGGCUUGGGCAGUGCCUACUCACGGCCAUGAAUUAGGUUACACCUUGUGCAAUACCUUGAGAACGAGAGGUGGCCUCGAUCUCCUCAUGUCGAACUGCGUGGCCAGCGAUCAGGAAUUACAAUUCUCCUCGGCCAGAUUGCUCGAACAAUGUCUGACCACCGAGAACAGGGCGCACGUGGUGGAACACGGUUUGGAGAAGGUGGUGAACGUCGCUUGUGUCUGUACGAAGAACGCGAACUCGGUGGAUCAUUCCAGGGUAGGCACCGGUAUCCUGGAACAUUUGUUUAAGCACAGCGAAGGCACCUGCAGCGACGUGAUCAGGCUGGGCGGUUUGGACGCUGUACUCUUCGAAUGUAGAAAGAACGACAUCGAAACGUUGAGACACUGCGCUGGUGCUUUGGCGAACCUGUCCCUGUACGGUGGUGCAGAGAACCAAGAGGCGAUGAUCAAAAGGAAGGUACCUAUGUGGUUGUUCCCUCUGGCUUUUCACAACGACGAUAACAUCAAGUACUAUGCAUGUCUGGCGAUCGCGGUACUGGUAGCCAACAAAGAAAUAGAAGCCGCGGUGCUGAAGUCGGGCACCUUGGACCUGGUCGAGCCGUUCGUCACCUCGCACAAUCCUUACGAGUUCGCCAAGUCCAAUCUGGCGCACGCUCAUGGCCAGAGUAAGAACUGGCUAGAGAGGUUGGUACCGGUGUUGAGCUCGAAGAGAGAGGAAGCCAGGAACCUGGCCGCCUUCCACUUUUGCAUGGAAGCGGGCAUCAAGAAGCAACAGGGUAACACAGAGAUAUUCCGCGCGAUCGGGGCCAUCGAACCUCUGAAAAAAGUAGCCAGUUGCCCUAACGCCGUCGCCUCCAAAUACGCAGCUCAAGCACUGCGACUGAUCGGCGAGGAGAUACCUCACAAACUUAGUCAACAGGUUCCUCUCUGGUCCACGGAGGAUGUCAGGGAGUGGGUGAAACAAAUUGGCUUCGCUGAGUGCGCGCACAACUUCGUGGAGAGUAGGGUGGACGGUGAUCUCUUGUUACAACUGACCGAGGAGAAUCUCAAGGAAGAUAUUGGACUUACAAAUGGAAUCAGAAGGAGACGGUUCACCAGAGAAUUACAGAACUUGAAGAAGAUGGCUGAUUACAGUAGUCGGGAUACAGGAAACCUGAACAGUUUCCUCCAGUCUAUCGGUCAAGAGUUCUCGAUUUACACGUACAGUAUGCUCAACGCUGGCGUUGACAAGGACUCGAUCAGAAAUCUGUCGGAAGAUCAACUUCAGGCCGAGUGCGGGAUCGCGAACAGUAUUCAUCGGUUAAGAAUACUGGACGCCAUUAAAAACAUGCAGCACAAUCAGUUGGGUUCGUGCGAGGACGAAUCACCUGACAAAUCGUUGGACGUGUUCGUUAGUUAUAGAAGAUCGAAUGGAUCACAGUUGGCCAGUUUACUGAAAGUCCAUUUGCAGUUGCGCGGUUUCUCUGUGUUCAUCGACGUCGAGAGGCUAGAGGCUGGCAAAUUCGAUAAUAAUCUGUUGCAGAGCAUUAGACAAGCGAAACACUUCCUCCUUGUGCUAACGCCCAAGGCUUUGGAAAGGUGUAUACAGGACACUGAAUGUAAAGACUGGGUUCAUAGGGAGAUCGUAGCAGCUCUACAGUCACAGUGUAAUAUAAUUCCCAUCAUAGACAACUUCCAGUGGCCAGAGCCUGAAGAACUUCCCGAAGACAUGCGAGCAGUUUGUCACUUUAACGGUGUACGGUGGAUUCACGACUACCAGGAUGCGUGCGUAGACAAGCUUGAAAGGUUUAUGCGAGGUGAAAUACCAGUCAGGUCAGAUAUUCCAAGGAGUAUCGCAACCAAAGACGUGACACAACCUAAUACACCGGGUAACACGACCAUUCGACAACCACCGAAUUACCAACGUAUGCACAGUAACGAGAGCAGGGGUAGCGACAAAGAUUCAACAGGUGGGCGAGAUUGACUAGAGGGCCCGCCCACAGCCAUACUGAGCAGGCUUAGAAAAUCAUCGAGUCCGUCCCGUUGGUUAAUGGGUUUACCGCCUACGUCUCCGCGAUUGAAGUUCACCCACACGCACCUUGGAGGAAGUCCAGUGCCACGAAGACCUCCUCGGCAUCCUCCUUCCCCAUCAG